AUGGGAUUGAUUCAAAGUGUGGAGAUCUUGAUGACUUGGAAAAAGGCAGGGAAACCUUUUGGAAUAAGCGUAAACAACAGCUGCCCAUCAUUCCCAACUCAUUCAUUUCAGCAGGAAUUUUUCCCAUUAGGGAAUGUGCAUUGGCUCAGUAAUUACUAUUUAUUAUGCUUACGAACAACCAAAACCCAAAGAAAGAAAGAUCAUGAACACCUCCUAUGUUUCUCUCUUGUGUUUCAGAAUGGACCUUCUACUGCCCAAUCACAGGAACCAGAAAGUCUCUUUGAUAGUAAGUGUGUUGCAGUAUAGAUUUCGUUGUUGUUGCUGGCAUCCAUCUGUGUCAAGAGAAAGUGGGGUGUUUCUCCAGGGGUGAAGUCAAUCCGUUGUCUUGCAACAAUCUUGUGUUAUCUAUGGCUCGAAUGGAAAGGCCAGGGGAAAAUGUUUAAAAUGCAUAUUGUCCAAUUGAGCUGGGAAUGGCUUUACUUUCCUGCCUACAUUUGACAAUUCCAUCACUACAGUCAGCUCACAGCUUGCAUGGGGGCUGUGUUCCAGGAAAUUGCGUGUAUAGUAAGAUAACCCCUAAAAGCACCUCCAUGUCACCACCCCUGCCUUUCCAAAGCCUAUGUGCUGAGCAGGCCUUGCUUAACAGGCUCUGGCAGGCUCCCAUGACAUCUUGCGGGAGGAUCCCACAGCCCAGUAAGCAUGUCUGAGAGCCCACCUUGCACACGUUUCACUUGUGUGGUAUCAGCUGGCCAGCUGCUGAGCGUGUGAAGCUGCAGUUGCACAGGUUAAAUGUGCACAAGCUACGAUUUGACUGUAUUGAUGUUGAUCCAUUGCCUAAUGUUAGUAAAUCCCAAUUCCCAUUCUUUAUCCAACAAACCAACCCAUCUAUUUAAUAUGUGGAGAAGUAGAGUUUUAAAUAAGUGCACCAGAUGUUGGAACAGAACAGACGUAAAUUAUGCAUGGGGGUGGGGGUGGGGUGGGAAUCUACAGUGGUUUUAAGGCUGCCAAAUCCAAGCUUUCAUCUCAGUUUAUAAACCUAGCAUUUUAUCAUCUCUGGCACGUGCUGUGGUCAUCCACCCUCCUCCUGCUUUUCAAAAUGUACGUAGGCCUUGCAAACCCACACAGUCUUUCUGCUAGGACCUACUGAAGAUUCAGUACAUGGGAUAUCUUACAUACGCAGCUGUUUUUUAGUUCAUGAUUAUAAAACACCAGUGGGCAACCUCUGGCCCACAGCCCGAAUUAUGCUCUGCUGGGCUCUAAUUUGGCCCAUGAGGUCUCUCCCCAACCACACACGCCUGCCUUGCACCUGACGUCAUAUGCAUUGUCAGGUGCAGAGCAGGUAAGCACACAAAGCAGAAAUCAGGAGCCUUAAAACGCACUCCUGGUGGAUCCUUGACAAGUAGGGUUUUUACGUGUGACACCAAAUGCAAGCUCCUCUGGGAUUGAUUCCACUCUGGAGCUUCCAGUAUGAAGCUUGGUGUUGAUCAUCUAAUAUUAAAUAAUCUUUUUAGCUUUGCAGAAGUCUGUUAUUAAUAGGUAGCAAAGAUAAAUGAGCUUAAAACAGAUCUCUGAGGUGGUGGAAGUAAACUCACAAAGCUCUUGAGAGAAUUCCUGAAUUCAUUUAGAAAGGCAGUGCAACUUCAUUGCACACAUUUGUCCAAAUUUUGAAAGAAGAAUGGGAUUAUGAGCAACUGGAGCUAAACAAAUGUACAGAAAUAAAUUUAAUUAAAACUAUUUAUAUUUAUAUCCUUCCUUUUCCCAAGAACUGGAGCUCAGGGUGGCUCACAAAAAUGAAAACAAAUGUGUAAAACACAGAAAGCUCUCUCUCUCUCUCUCUCUCUCUCUCUCUCUGUGUGUGUGUGUGUGUGUGUGUGUGAUAAUAGUUAAAAAGGAAUUAAACAGAAUUAAAAUAAUAUAAGAACAGAUAUAUAAAUUCUAGUAGAAAACAGCACUAUUAAAAGCCCUUUCCUUAAAACAGUCAGUUCCCAAGAGCCUGUAGGAAUAAAAGUCUUCACCUGCUGGUGGAUGGGCAACAAGGAGGGAGCCAGUCCAGCCUCUCUAGGGAGGAAGUUCCAAAGUUAUCUGGGAGCAGCCACCAAAAAGGCCCUUCCCACAUCCCCACCUAAUGUGCCUGUGACGGUGGUGGGGCAGAGAGAGGCUUCCCCCCAAGAUCUUAGAGCUUGGGCAGGUUCAUAUGAAGGAAUACGGUCGUUCAAAAAUCCCAACUGCAAUAUGUAGCAAAUGGAGUUUGACUUUCAUACCUCAACUGAAAUGGCUUGUAUGUUUGUGUAGGUUGGUGGCUGGGGGAAGUUUGUGGCAAGCCUGAACACACUCACACAGGUCUGCUUCUGUCACACCUAGUUAUCACUUCCGUAAGAUAGCAUGCUUUGGAGGCAUUUAUGACCGAGCUAACUCUGUAUCAUGAUGAUGUCAUCCUGCAGCUCAGCAUUAUGACAUCAGUUAGAAAAAUCUUUGAAAGAGUUCAAGUAACCAGUGGUUCCUUAUCCUGGUUUCUUAUUUUAUAGAAUUGUAGACUUGGAAGGGACCGCAAGGGUCAUCUAGUCCACCCCCCUGCAAUGCAAUAAUCUUUCACCCAAUGUUGCAGGUGAUCUAUUUCAUGUGGAGAGAAGCUAUUCAAAGUUACUCAAGGGACCACACUAGAAGCUUGGAGGAAUUAUCUUUAUCCUGAGCUCCAUGAAAAGUUGUCAUCUACCUGCCUGCAUUCAGGAAUAUUAUUAUUGUGGAACGUAUGGACCCUGUAGCACUGACAAAACUGACAAACGUGGGGAGAAUUAGACAUAGUGGGAAGGCAGGUAAGUAAUAAUUUUGAAAUUAAUUCGGCAUUAGUGGUUCAAUCCCGAAAAAGAUACUUGUGUUUUGGGGAAACAGCCAUCGAUAUAUUUUCAUCCAAACAUGAUAGAUCCUGGUGAUCUCCCAUAUCCCCACCCAGGCACUAGAGGCCUUGAUUUAGGUCUCCUCCACAUCAUAGAAUCAUAGAAUCAUAGAGUUGGAAGAGACCACAAGGGCCAUCGAGUCCAACCCCCUGCCAAGCAGGAAACACCAUCAGAGCACUCCUGACAUCAGAUCCUAUACAGAAGGCUAAAUUAGACUCUGCCAUAUUCAGAGCAAUCUUUUUCUCCUCAAAGCAUUCUGGGCACUGCAGUUCAUUAAUGGUUGCUGGGAAAUUUAACUCCGUGAGGGGUAAACUACCAUGUCCAGACUUCUUGGAGGGAAAGAACGUGUUUUGAAACUACUUCAGAUGUAUAGCGUGUUCACAGUUGUGGCAACCCCAAUGCUCCAGAACUCCCAAGAGAGGGCCAUUUGUUUCCUUCCUACACAAACGUGUAUAAAGCAUUCUAGAUUCAGGUAUUGUGUUGGUCUGAUGCAGUCAAAAUAAAUAAAUAAAAUGUCCAGUAGCACCUUAGAGACCAACUAAGUAUCUGAAGAAGUGUGCAUGCACACGAAAGCUUAUACCCAGAACAUACUUAGUUGGUCUCUAAGGUGCUACUGGACAAUUUUUUUUGUGUAUAAAACAUUUUUUUUCAGACAACCUUUAAAAAUUAAUUACUGCUAUAUCACAUGCAUAUCCUAUGCUCUGUAUUGGUUUCUGUGGAGGGUGAUAUGAUGGGUGGAACGGACUGGGAAAGCAGUUUAAUGGGCAUUAUGGACAGUCUCCAGUCCGUGGUGCAGUGGGGCUUGCUAUGGCCAGGCCUGUUCCAGCAUAAACACCUUUUUCAUUUUCACCUUUUAGAAUGUUCUAAGUUCUAGGACCAGAAGAGAUCCCAUCAUUUCUGUUUUCAGGGAGAGAAAAUAAGCUCCCUUAACCUGCAAUAUGUGCAUCAGAUCAAGAAUUUACUGGUUCCCCCAUCUUCUGGCUUGCCGGUCUAAAGUAUUUAUCUCGGUUUUGGUUGCUUUCAUGUUCUUGUAGGAUUUAUAACCCAUCUGAUAAAUGCAGUAGACAAAGAACAUUCCAUUUGGGGAAGAGAGGAACAGCCUGUCAGACACCCACAAAGAUGUUAUGAGAGGAUUAAUCCCAGUCCCCCAACUUCUCAGAACAGCAUGCAUGAAAUCUAGCAAUGUGUGUGGGGUCCUGGCAAAGCAGAGUGCUCUGUGAAUGUUGGCUCUUACACUAGGCAAAACAUUUUUGAGUUAUGAGAUUUUUUUUUAACCUACUUCUAAGGCUUCUCAUUUUGAAAUGUCAUUUUAACUGAUCUGCAGUAGAUCAAGAGGCUCAUGAUAUGCAGGUAAGAUGAGCAAUGGCUGUAACAGAGGCCAACAUAUGGUGUUCACUCGGUACUUGGCAGAUGCUUAAGUGGUACAUAGGAGUGGAUGGUAGGAAAUUGUUGCAAUAGCCUUCCAUCUCAAAAGUCUAAAUGUCUUCUUAAAAUUGUUUUGUCCUUUUUUAAACAAGUGAACCAACCCAACAACAGUUUUAGGGCAUCUAUCCAACCUCAACUCUAUACUGCUGCCCCCCACAAUUUACUAAAACCUUCCAUGGAAGCAGGAACUUAAUGUUGAGUUCUCCCCUAUCCUGUUUCCCCUUCUUUUCAUUUUCAUUUAAACCACUGUAUAAACCAACAACUUGCCCCUUGACCACUAAUAAUGAACCAUAUUUUGUAGAUAUUACUGCAAAUUUAUAGUGCUAUUUUUGUGAUGUGCAAAUGACAUCACAAAAGACUUGGUCUGUUUAUUUGCAUUAUUUACUAUUCCUAUCAUUCCUGUUUAUAAAACCCAAUAAAGAGUUGUUGUUGUUUAAAAAAUGUUAAGUUCUACCUACUUCUGGCUUUCUAUCCUAGAUCUUUUUCUCUGCUAUUCUUAGAGCUAUUCUUACUAAAUCUACUGUUGGGUAUUUUCAGGCCUUUCUCCAGCUGCAUGUCAGAGAAGACAAGACGUGGCUCAGUGGCUUCAUGUUCUGACUCAAGAGUGAGGCCCAUCGGUCCAUUGAGCUCAGUAUGGUCUACACUGACUGCCAGCAGCUCUGCAGGGUUGCAGCAGGAGAUGUCGGGGGCUGAAUGUGGGACCUUCUGCAAUGCAAAGCCACUGCCCUCCUACUGAGCGAUGACCCUUCCUCUAUUUUCUGCAAAGAGAGAAGACUCAACAAAGAUCAGUUGCAUAUACUGUGUAGUUGUCUAUACUUUCCUCCCCUUUUGUAUAAUUCCUCAUACAAACACUUCUGCAAACUUCUAAGCAAGGAGUGGAAAAAAGUAGAAAAUGUAUGGAACAAUUACUUGUUCCCAGUUUCUGAAAUUAUUUCCGUACUGUAUUUUUUAACGUAUUUUUUAUUACAGAUUUCUUGGUUUACAAAAGUAUGUGCAAUGUCUGUUUUUUCAAGUUACAUUUUCUACAGAUCAGUUUCAUUUGUUGAGACAUUAGUGUUACAUUAGGAAAAAAAGGGAGAAAGAGGUGGGGGGGGUCCAUGGGGUGUAGGGGUGGCAAUGUUUCUAUUUUACUUAAUGUAUGUGUGGGGUUUUGUGUCAGCAGCGCUUGUGCGGGUUCUCUUUACUAUUCGCUUGUGUUUCUUUGGUGGUGAGAGAAAUUGGGGUUGGCCUAGGGUGUGGUUGCUUGUUUGUGAUUGGCUGUGGUGAACUUUGUUUUCAUGUGUGAGUGGGGUGGGUGGGUGUUUUUGAAUCCGGUUAGCCAUAUUGAUUUGUAUGCUGUUGGUGGAUUCUUGUCAUUGUCUUGUUGGGCUGUGAAAAGGGAGCCAUAGUGGGGUGACGGCGUCUUCUUCCAUUUGUCCCCGUGUCAGUUUCAGUUUAUUGGUCAAUUUUUCUAAUAAGGUUGUUUCCCAUACUAUUUGGUACCAUUGCUCCAUGUUUACUCCUGGCAGGUCUCUCCAGUGUCUGGCUAUGAUGUUUUUUGCUGCUGAGAGGAGGUAGGUUAUGAGCUCUUUGUGAUCCUCGUCUGUGCAUGUUGACAGUUAGGAUUCUGUACUGUAUUUGUAAAAAGAUAAAGGUAAAGGUACCCCUGCCCGUACAGGCCAGUCGUGUCCGACUCUAGGGUUGUGUGCCCAUCUCACUUAAGAGGCCGGGGGCCAGCGCUGUCCGCAGACACUUCCGGGUCACGUGGCCAGCGUGACGAAGCUGCAUCUGGUGAGCCAGCACAGCACACGGAAACGCCGUUUACCUUCCCGCUAGUAAGCGGUCCCUAUUUAUCUACUUGCACCCUGGGGUGCUUUCGAACUGCUAGGUUGGCAGGCACUGGGACCGAGCAACCGGAGCUCACCCCGCUGCGGGGAUUCGAACCGCCGACCUGACGAUAGCUGCUGUUAUAUAUUCAGUGGUCUGCAUUUGCCUGAACUUGAGUUUGGACUAAGGAAUCUGAGCCCAUGUUCUGAUUUGAUACAUGAUAUCCAAUCACAGAACAUUUCAGGAUUCGGGCCACUGCCAUUGGCUCUUAAACUCUGAGUUAUGAUUUGUAGUUUGUGAGUUUAGACAGCCAAUCAUGUUGAGAGUGGGAGUGGCUCAGGCCUUCAGAAAUGUAUAUAAACAGUUGCUUUGCCUCUGUUGUCUAGUUCUGUUAAUUCACUAAAGGUUCUUGCUGUUAUCACUGUGUCUCGCUUCGUGGGAACUUACCUACACUUCAGCUGCCACUUCGCUUUUGCAGCUAUUUUUGCAUAGGCCUGCACUAACUAUGCUGCUCCCUGCCUUUGGCUCUCCCAGCUAAACCUCGCAACCAAAACCUUUGCAACCAUCAAAUCUAUUUCCGUGGUCAGUGGGAGGGAAAAGGAAAGAGUUUUUCGAAAACUCCCAGAAAGAAAAACAGAGUUAAAUCAAAAUUGA